AUGAGUAGAAGGAAUAAUCGAAGGAGUGGUAUGAGUAGCAGCAACAACAACAAUCAAGAGCUGGAUUUGAAGCUGAAUUUAUCAGUGUCAGCACGGCCACCAGCAACAGCAGCACCAAGGGUAACAGAAGUAGUAAGGAUGUCAACUUCUUCAUCGGAAGAUCAAUCAUCACCACCAAGAUCAUGUGUGUCGUCUGAAGAAAGUCUUAAAUACUCAAGCAGCCCUGAAACUACUUCCAUGGUUUUGGUAGGUUGUCCUAGGUGUCUUAUGUAUGUUAUGCUUUCUGAGGCUGAUCCUAAGUGUCCCAAGUGCAAGAGUACUGUUCUUCUUGAUUUCCUCCGCAACAACAACCACAACCAUAAUCUGAGUCAUUAA